AGAUAUGUAAUCAGCUAGACUGCCCGGGUGUGGCGUAGAUAGGGGCUGAAGUCCCGUUUGUCAAUUGGGUGGCGAUGUAUCCAAUUUCCCUCUCGCCCUAACCAGGCCAUGACGGUUUCAACGUGGACGCCCGUGGCUGCUUGCCUGAUUCUAGCACUCCUCUUCAAACAUGACUUUCAAGAGGCAUCGCGUGUAGACUUCUGGGAUAUAAAAUCAAAAGACGAGAGGGGUCAGAAGUCCUCCAGAGUUGCUCGCUUUGAGCCAGCUCGUGUUGAGUUUCGCUCUCGUUGCAUGUUCUUGUUGGCCCAGUUUACCGCACUAGGAAGCUUAGACAUCACAAGCUUCCAAAGUUUAUUCUAGCUCCAGGGCUGCAGGUGAUCUAACACACCAUUUAUAGCACACUAGCGCGAAUGGGGAAAGUCGCUACGGUCGGUGUGAACCUUCCACAUCCUACCUGGUGCAAAGGAGUGCGGCACGAACCGU